CAAUAACUCCAUAGUACAUACCAUCUAUUCACUUUCCUUCCCCAACUGAAUAUCGAAACUUUCUCUCUCUCUCUCUCUCUCUCCAUUUCUAUUUUUUCCUUCGAAUCCUAAAAAUCACUAAACAACUUUCAUCAUUCUUUUCUCUCUUUCUCAUUUUUCUGGGUUAGUUUUCUCUCACUUGAAAACAGCAAACCUAUUAUGACUAGUCUAAGAACAAUUUUAUAAAAUAUCGUUGAAUUCUACAUUAAAAUUUCAUUUUACUUAAAGAAAUUUCUUCCAAUUGCCGUCUCUUUACCAAUUCUUUUUUAAUUUCAUUUGACUUAUUGCACAAAUUAUAAACUAAUCCCCUCAAAUUUUUCUUAUUUAAAUCCCUUCAUUGCAAUCAUUCAUAACUCACUCUUCUCUCUCUCUUCUUUAACUCUCAAAAACCCAAGAAUCCCAGAAAUUGAAAUUUGCAAUUCAAUUUCACAAAAUGAUAGCAUUCAUAGAACACAGCUUCCACCAUGAAAACGACACCGUUGAGACAUCCGACCAAAACGACGGCGCUCAAUGGCAGGAAGCUCUUCAAAAACUCCAAGGCACAGUUGAUUACGACUCCAUCUUUACCGGCUUAGCCGGUAAAGAUUUCGGCGGAAUGAACCGGACUAAACCAUUAGCAGUAAUCCGACCGGCCGGUUCAUCCGACGUGGCAACCGUCAUGAAAGCGGUUCAAACAACUCCCCGUCUAACCGUUGCCGCACGGGGCAACGGUCACUCAAUUAACGGUCAAGCCAUGGCUGACCGUGGUUUAGUCAUCGACAUGCGUGCCAUGGGUGACCAUCCUUCCUUAAACGUCGUCGUUUCCUCCCCUGACGACAACAAUUCAAAUUCUCAUUCUCUCUCCUACGCUGACGUCAGCGGUGGAGCAUUAUGGGAGGAUGUGUUAAAACGGUGCGUUUUGGGGUAUGGAUUAGCGCCUAGAAGUUGGACGGACUACCUAGCUUUAACGGUAGGUGGGACCCUCUCUAACGCCGGCGUUAGUGGUCAAGCUUUCCGUUACGGUCCUCAAACUUCUAACGUAACAGAAUUAGAGGUCGUUACAGGCAGGGGUGAAAUAGUAAUUUGUUCUGAGUCAGUUCAUUCUGACCUCUUCUUUGCAGUUCUUGGUGGUCUCGGGCAGUUUGGGGUAAUUACUCGGGCAAGAAUUCCCCUUCAAAAAGCUCCGGAUAUGGUGCGGUGGAUAAGGUUAGUAUAUGCCGAGUUCGACGAGUUCAGUCGAGAUGCCGAGUUUUUGGUGAGUCAACCCAAGGAUGACUCGUUUGAUUAUCUAGAAGGAUUUGUGUUUGUCAACAGUGAUGACCCUAUUAAUGGUUGGCCUUCAGUUACUUUGGAUUCGGAUCAAUGGUUCAACCCGGAUUUUCUACCUACGAGUUCCGGGUCUGUUUUAUAUUGCCUUGAACUCGCCCUCCACUUCCACCACCACCACCAUCCAUCUCACGUUGAUUCGGAGGUGGAUAGAUUGAUCAAACGGCUGAGAUUUGUUAAGGGAUUACGAUUUGAGGUGGACGUGAGUUACAUGGAAUUCUUACUACGGGUGAAGAAAGUGGAGCAACAAGCUACUGUGAGUGGGAUAUGGGCGGCCCCACAUCCUUGGCUUAAUUUGUUCGUAUCAAAGAGUGAUAUUGCUGAUUUUGAUCGGACGGUGUUUAAGAAGAUCCUCAAGGAUGGGAUUGGUGGGCCCAUGUUAGUUUACCCUCUUUUGCGGAGCAGGUGGGACAGCCGUACCUCAGUAGUAAUACCAGAAGGAGAAAUCUUUUACUUGGUGGCCUUGCUCCGCUUCACGCCGCCAUAUCCUAGUGGUCCUCCGGUGACGGACUUGGUGGAAGAGAACCGCAAAAUAGUUAAGCAUUGUACAAAGAAAGGGUACGAUUUCAAGUUGUAUCUUCCUCAUUACAAAACACAAGAAGGGUGGAAGCAACACUUUGGGAGUCAAUGGCCAAGAUUUGUUGAAAGGAAGGCAAUGUUUGAUCCAAUGGCAAUUCUUGCUCCAGGGCAAAAAAUCUUCUCUAGGACUCAUAAUAUUAGUUAGCUACUGUAAUAGUUAGUCAUUAGUGUAUGGUCAUAAUCAAAUCUUAAUUUUACCUGAAAAAAAAAUACCUUUUUUUCCUUUAGACAUUUUCUUUCUCAUUUGGCAUCAAUUGCCCUGUUGAUCUUCGUAAAUGGGUCAAUAUUGUUAUUAGUUCAUUAUAAACAUUAGGAAGCAAUGUACAUGAAUUUUCCCUGCAUAAAAGUUGUCUUAUUUUCCAUUUUACACAACGAUUAAGUUAACAUUGGUUAUUACUCUCUUCAGCUGUUCUAGUUACUGCA